AUGAGCAGCAGCAACAGUAGCAGCAGCCACAGCACCAGCAAAGUGACAACAACAAAGGAACAGCAACAAAAGCAGCAACAGCAACAGCCGCAGCAACAGCAGUAACACCAGCAGCAGGAACAGCAGCAGCAGCAACAACAGCAGCAGCAACUGCAGCAGCACCAGCAGCAGCAACAGCAGCAGGACCAGCAGUAACAGCAGCAGCAGGAACAGCAGCAACAGCACCAACAGCAGCAACAGCAGCAGCACCAGCAGCAGCACCAGCAGCAGGAACAGAAGCAACAGCAGCAGCAGCAACAUCAGCAGCAGCAACAGCAGCAGCAACAGCAGCAGCAACAGCAACAGCAGCACAACAACAGCAACAGCAACAGCAACAGCAGCAACAGCAGCAGCACCAGAAGCACCAACACCAGCAGCAACAGCAAUAGCAGCCACAACACCAGCAGCAAUAGCAGCAACAGUAACAGCAGCAGCAGCAGCCACAGCGCCAGCAGCAAAAGCAGCAACAGCAACAGCAGCAGCAGCACCAACACUAGCAACAGCAGCAACAGAACCAGCAGCAACACCAGCAGCAAUAGCAGCAUGAACACCAGCAGCAGAAGCCACAGCACCAGCAGCAACAGCACCAGCUGCAACAGCACC